UUCUCCACAUGUGCCCAAAUUUUAUUGUUAUGGCAAAUGAUGGGGGUACACAAGGAGGGGAAAUCGCCGAGUUGGUCUUUUCUUUUCACCCCAGUUUCCUCCAGCGUCUCUUGGUCUCUCGUACACGAAGAAAAUGAGUACGGCAACGGCAAUUCCUCCUCUAGACAACACGAUGGGAGCUCUUCUCGUUGGUGUCUUAUUCUCUACUGCACUAUGGGGUACCACUUGCGUGCAAACCUUUUCGUAUCUCAAUCGCUAUUGGAGACUUGACACUCUUGGCUUUCGGAUUCUUGUUCUUGCAACAUUCGCUAUGGAUACUUUGCAUGAAAUUCUAAUAUGCCAUACCAUUUAUACCUACUUGGUUUCAAAUUUCGCCAAUCCAGCGCAGCUGGAGAUAGUCGAAUGGAGCAUUCUCGUCGAAGUCGUAGCAUCAGCGUGUGUAGCAUUGAUGGUCCAGUCAUUCUUCACCUAUCGUGUUUGGAUAUUGAGCCACAAAAAUCUCUAUCUCAUCCUAUUCCUGGGCUCUCUCGUCGGCGCGGAAUUUUUUGUGUGCAUAGCAUACUUUGCAAAAUCAUGGUCCGUGGAGGUCUACUCCGAUUCGUAUAAAGUCAGGUCGUUGUCACAAUCAAUGAAUGCGCUUGCCGCAGCAGGAGAUUUGGCGAUCUGCGGAUCGCUUAUAGUCUUACUGCAUCGUUCCAAGUCUGGAAUGAAAAGGUCGGACGCGAUGAUGAACAAGAUGAUCCUCUUUACAAUGAACACCGGGUUGCUCACAAGCAUCUGCGCCAUCAUGUCUCUCAUCAUGAUUUUGGUUUAUCCUAAUACAUUUCUUUACAUCACAUUCUUUUUCAACCUUUCGAGACUGUAUUCCAAUUCUCUUCUGGCAACUCUCAACGCGCGCAGAGGUAUGAAGACGACUGUGGAUGGCUCGGCACUGGGAGCCUCCUUCACCUUGGAUAGCGAUGGCAGACGUGUGCCUAUCUCCGCGGAGAGCGCUUCUAAACCCAGACACAUUGUAAUCAACCGCAAUGUAGACGUUGAGGUGCUCGGAGACUACGAGAUGGAUUCUGUUACGUCAAUUUGACUCAAAGCCGAAAUAAGGCAUUCCUAUUCUCAGCGUGCUGAGCACUUAAAAACACAAAUUCAGCAGUGGUAGUGGCCUCGGGCCCUUGUUUUAAAGGACAUGAAAACGGGUUCUACUAACACCUUCACAAUUAAUGGUAUCUGGAAGCGUUAGCUCCUUAUUUAAGUUUUGUUUCGUGGCUUGCAGUGUACGAUGAUCUCGGUGCUGGACUAUUUUCUCUACAAAUUUUGGAAUAAAUUUAAAUAAAUAAAUAAGAAAUUCAGCAUUGCACAUGAUCCUUCCUCUCUUUCUUUCUCACCACCACGUUCUCGAAUAUU